CGUGUUGUCAUGGCAAACAUUUGUUUGACAGCAGCUAGCUAGUUGAACUUCUCCGCAGUCCUUUCGUCUGUCAGAGUCUUUCAAAAUGUCUCAAGUUGUGCAUCCACCAGAGAGCGGCUACAGUCUUGUGCCAAGGGAGGAUUUUCGUGCUGAAAAACCGCCAAGGUACAUAUCCAAGCAUAGGCCAGCGGUCGUUCUUGAGUACAAGUCAACCAAGGAUGCAAUGAGGACGAUGGGACCCGCAAAGGUUGAGGUGCCACUCCCUGACAAAUACCUCAAGAAGCAUUCAAAAGAGCCCAAAUUACCUGAAAAGACACAGGAUUCAAAAGAGGCUCGUAAAUCCUGUAAUGUGAGGAAACCAGCUGUUCCUGCGAGGACAGACAACCCAAUUAUGGGCCUUCAAACGAAGAGAGACUUUACAAAGACGACUACAGCUGUGACGACGAAACCCAAGCCUACCAGUGUGGACUCCAGAAACGGACACAAGCAGUUGCUUGAGAAUUCAGGACUUGUUCCAAAGUACAUCAAGAAAAAGGAUUAUGGAGAGGUACCUGAGUACCUGCAGCAGCGCAAUGAAGAGGAGCAGAGAGCUCAGGAGGCGUACGACAGAUGUGUGAAAGAGCAGAGGGAGCAGGGAGCCAUGAAACACCUGUCUGACGAGGAGCGACAAGCCGUCCUGGAGGGCCUGAAGAAGAACUGGGAUGAGCUGCACCAUGAGUACCUGGGCCUCUCACUCGUCACAGACACCUUGUCAAAGAAGGCCCGCAAGGAGCGCCUGGAAGCGGCACUGAAGCAGCUGGAGACCGACAUCAACCGCCUCGACAGGUUCAAGACCGUCUACAUACCCAUUAUAUAGGACUUUAAACAAAACCACUGAUCAGAUACACUGCGCUGUUUGUCUUGAGACGGCCACCUUAACUUCAGAUAUCACAUGGGCUUGAGUAAAAUAAAAGUCAGCAUUUAUAUUCUCA